UAUGACCUCCAUGUACAGUCUGUUCUCCUUCACCAGCCCGGCGGUGAAGCGGUUGCUGGGCUGGAAGCAGGGCGACGAGGAGGAAAAAUGGGCGGAAAAGGCUGUGGACGCCCUGGUGAAGAAACUAAAGAAGAAAAAGGGUGCCAUGGAGGACUUGGAGAAGGCCCUCAGCAGCCCUGGACAACCCAGCAAAUGUGUGACCAUCCCCCGGUCGCUGGACGGGCGGCUGCAGGUGUCCCACAGGAAAGGCCUUCCUCAUGUCAUCUACUGCCGGCAGAUGUCACAUGUCACUCAGGAGAGAAAACACAUUUCUGUUGAAGCCGGAAAACUGAUCUGUUGUGCCUGUUGUGGCACAAGCCGGCCAAUCGACACACAGAUGUCAAGGAUGCAGGAUUCUUUUUUCUGCCAUAAGUAUUUAAAUCAGAAUGAUCUGUUAGGAUGUUUAAAAUACUGUUAUCCUUUCUCAGUACUUCCUCCGGUGUUGGUGCCACGACACAGCGAGUUCAACCCUCAGCACAGUCUGCUGGUGCAGUUCCGCAACCUGAGUCACAAUGAGCCUCACAUGCCUCUCAACGCCACCUUCCCAGAGUCCUUCCAGCAGCACAGCGGAGGAAGCUCCUUCCCCAUCUCUCCAAACUCACCCUACCCUCCGUCCCCCGCCAGCAGCGGCACCUACCCCAACUCUCCUGCAAGCUCUGGGCCAUCCAGCCCCUUCCAGCUGCCAGCUGAUACACCUCCUCCUGCCUAUGUGCCUCCAGAUGAACAGAUGGGACAGGACGGGUCUCAGUCCAUGGAGACUGGCAGCAGCAUGGUUCCUCAGAACAUGCCCAGAGGGGAUGUGCAGCCAGUGGAGUAUGAGGAGCCCAGUCACUGGUGCUCUAUUGUGUACUAUGAGCUGAAUAAUCGUGUGGGAGAGGCUUACCACGCUUCCUCCACCAGUGUGCUGGUUGAUGGAUUCACUGACCCAUCCAACAACAAGAACCGCUUCUGCCUGGGCCUGCUCUCUAACGUCAAUCGCAACUCCACUAUUGAAAACACUCGCCGCCACAUUGGCAAAGGUGUCCACCUGUAUUACGUUGGAGGAGAAGUGUAUGCAGAGUGUCUGAGUGACACCAGCAUUUUCGUCCAGAGUCGAAACUGCAACUUCCAUCAUGGCUUCCACCCCACAACUGUCUGCAAAAUCCCCAGCGGCUGCAGCCUCAAGAUCUUCAACAACCAAGAAUUUGCUCAGCUGCUCGCUCAGUCUGUCAACCACGGAUUCGAGGCCGUCUACGAGCUCACCAAGAUGUGCACCAUCCGCAUGAGCUUUGUAAAGGGCUGGGGUGCAGAGUAUCACAGACAAGAUGUGACGAGCACACCUUGCUGGAUAGAAGUGCAUCUUCACGGUCCACUCCAAUGGCUGGAUAAAGUCCUAACACAAAUGGGUUCUCCUCUGAACCCCAUCUCUUCUGUCUCAUAAUGAAGGGCCCUGCUGGGCUGGGAGAGUGUUUUUUUGUUUUUUUUGGUUUUUCUUUUCUUUCUUUUUUCUUCACUUUUGAAAGAAAAGGAGAUAUUAAGGGCUGAACUGUUUACACUACCUGCAGAAGGGUGACCGGAUCCUGCGGCAGUCAGAACGAGAAGAAUGAACUGGGGCUACAAGCACAUCUAGCUGAGGAAAAUUCUAGGCAGUGACACAAAAUGGACUAACUACUGCUUUAGCAAUUGCCUUCCUGUUUGUUUGUUUGUUUGUUUGUUUUUUUGCAAUUGUUUUAAAAUGAUGCUUGUAUGACUGAUUUUCUCUAACUGUAGGUAAUCUAGUAAUGAAAUUGACAUGCUUUCAUGUAUCUCUACUUCACUUUACACCAGUUGAAAAUGGCAAUUUCCUAGUUCUAUGAGAAUCUUUUUAAUUGGUAUGUUGUCUAAUCCCUGUUAUUCACAAGGCAUAUUUCCCUUUAUAUGUUUACUGUUAGACUCAAAGCUCAUUACAAAUGUUUCCUUUUUAUAGCAUCUGUUGCCUUAAGGCAAAUCAAAGUUACUGCUUUUAAAUAAAGUUCUUUUAUCUGA